AUUACAUACUACAGUACUAUUGAGGCUUCCUGCGGCUGAUGGUUCACGACUCAUCCUCACCGAGGCCUGGCGGAUGGGUCGGACCAAACUACCGAAUCCUGCCCUUUCGUCCAAGUCUCGUUGAUAUUUGCACAUGGGCAGCAAACCAAGGAUGGGACAAAGGGAUCGCUAAAAUAAACAAUCCACCUUGGACUGCAGCCGGCAGCCGUCAGUCGAGUCUCCCACGGUUGCAAAUGUCUCAGGAUGAUUGCAGCCGAGAAACAAUCAACAACAACACGGGAGCGUCUGUGACUUGCCCAAACAGACGGUGCAGAGCACCGGUAGACGCGCCCUCGGCCCCCAAAAAGCUAGGUCGGUCGCCCCGAGUGGCUUGGGAUGACCGGCUGAAGGUGCGGGACGCCAUCUUAUCAUCUCAUCAAACAAGCUCCACCUCCGAGGGUGCUUGCGUGACGGACAAUCCGUCGUCAAGUUUGCCCAUCACCGCGUGCGCUCUAUUUUCGGCUCCCAGAAAUGAUAUCUACCGUUCUCGCCGUCUUGUUCGCCGUGCAACAAAGAAGGGGAUCCAGGCCCGCACACGGCGUCCAGCCUCUCCAGGUACGGCCCAGGAAUCAAGGAUUCUAGGAUGGCCAUCCGUGUCCCUCUUGCUGAUGCUGCGUGUCACAGGCGGCUGCUCGGCGCCCGUUCACCAACAUUGGAUCCAUAAUGAUAACAAUGGCAUAUAGGGCAUGUCCCUCUCUCCCCUCUACUUGUAC